AUGUCUGGUAUAAUCGGUGCUCUCGUCGCGCUGCCCCAGAGCAUCCAGUCUGCAAAAGAACUUUACGACUUGCGCCUCAAGUACAAAGAUGCCUCGGUUCUCAUUACCGCGAUAUACUCCGAGUCCAUGGUCAUUGCAGCGUCAUUGUCCCAAGUCCAAAGCCUCCUACAACAUGACGCGCUACGGGAGAAGCCCCAGCUGCUCGAGACCUUCGAUCGUGCGCUUACGGGGUGUCGAGUUGUAUACGGGUGCCUAGAAGAGGAGGUACGGGACUUGAGAGUGAAGGCGGAGAACGAUAACCUGAAGUUCAAAGACAAAGCGAAGUUUGUGUUCAAGGAAGAGACCUUCAAAGAGCUGCUCACCCAGAUCCGUGGCCAGCAGUCAGCGCUCAGUUUGCUGAUACAAGGAUUGCAGAUGGAGUCAAUUGCGGAUAUCAAGAAGCUGGUUGAGGAUAAUAGUGUGACACUCGAUCAGGUUGUAAAGCGGUCGAGGACUCUACGGCAGUCGCACCCGAGACUGAAGGUACCGGAGUCGUUGUUUGAUCAGAAGAGUCUGAACGACAGCGAGGCCGAUGUAGAGUCCAUCGCGAAAGCUACGGAGUUCACGUUCGAUGAUGAGGUCGUCAACUCGAAAGCGUAUCGUAGGGCUAUGGCAAUGGCCAUGUCUACUUCACGCCACGAGAUCGAUGCGUCUGAGGAAACAGGAACUGGGGUACCAGAAGACAGUUCGAUCGCUCUCGAGACGACGCCUCCCAGUGUACUGAAGUCGGAAACAGAGAGAGGACCAUCCCCUCAGGCCACAACGACAAAUGAACACGCAGAUUUGUUCGAUACCCUUGAGCGCGACAUACUCUCCUUUAUGCCGCAAACCUCAUCCACGACACUUUGCUUGACUCCCAACCACACAGGGCCUAAGAACUCCUCUUCGCUACCGAAUGAUCCUUAUGGCUCAUUGACUCCGGCGCCACUGCGAUCGUUUAGUGGAGACAGCGGAACGGAAGUUCCAGAAGCUGCGCCUCCGUUGCCUCCUCGCCGCCCAAGUGAGCAGCAUGUCGCAACGCCCCAGAUGCGCUCAGUAUCUUCUGAUGAUAGCAUGUUUUCCUCCAUCGCACCAUCGAUUUUAUCAAAAGCGUCCACGGGAUCGUCUUACACCGUGUACGAAACUCCACCGUUAAGCCCCAAUUCGACCGGCAUACCUUCGCGAAAGCCCCUGCCCUUAAUGCAUAAGCCAUCUUACAACGCUCAAGGUAACACCACGCGUGGUAUGGACGAAGUUGCAGCAGCUGGGGCAUCGUUGCCCUUGUACAAUGUCGAAAUGCACAGUAUCUGGAUGUCGCUGGCCGAAGCCGAGAGGAAGUUUAUUGACCGCAUAAUGAGACUGAAGCGAAUGUUCUACGAUAACAUCAUAAAGCAAUGGCCAGUCCUUGAGAAGCAUAUGGAUGCUAUCCUUAUCGGCGAGCAACUUGCGACACUUCAUCAGCAGUAUCUGCUCCAGGCGAUGGACCGUGAUCUCGCUGGCAGUACUAACGCCCUCUGUAAUCCAUACAUGAUUGAUAUCUGGGUAGAUAAGAGUCAACAACUGUAUCGAGAAUACUGUCGCAAGAUGCCGCAUGCGGCCUCCUCACUACGAACGACACAGAACUUGGACCCGAAGUUUACACCUUUCGUCAACACACUUGGUCUGAGUAUCGCUUAUUUUGGCAAGAGCUGGCAAGAUUAUUUGGAGCUUCCUCAGGUACAGAUGCAGAGUUAUAUCGACAGUCUGCAAAGGCUUGUCAGCAUCGCGGAUUCCCUCAAUGACCCGACAGCAAACCAGGAGGCUACACGUUUACGACGUGCUCUACAGGCCGUGACUUGGCUGAAAACAUCCAUCUCAACCUUACUAGAUGAAGCUCAGGCUCGUGAAGAUGUACAGAAUCUCCAGAGGCGUAUCCGCACAGAUGCACUAACGUUUGCGCAACUACGCCUGCAUGAGCCGGCCCGUCGCGUUAUUCACCAAGGCGGUAUGGCAAUGAAGUUCAAGAGCCAGGGACCUUGGGUUCCAGUACACGCCAUGUUGCUCGACAACUACUUCAUAUGGGGUAAAGCUAAGAAGAGCAAAGGCGAUGAGGUUCUGAUAACGGACCCACCUAUCGCGGUCGCCGACAUGGAACUGUCCCUUCCCACAGACGCAUACCAGUUUCAGAAGGCUACCAUGCUCGACCAGAUAGCAAGGGGCUCAGUCGUAUACAUCAUCACAAUCAACAACAAAGCCCAGCCAGGCAAACCCAGUCUGCUAGGCCUGUACGGCUUCCCGGAAAGGAGAGACUGGUUUGACCAUUUCACUGCAGCUGGGACUAAGUUCCAGAGGUGA